GUCUCCCUAUUUUCUAGCUGAGAGCCUUUUUUCUUGUAAUUUUUGGUAAAAAGACUAAAUUUUGAUGAUGGAUGCGUGCUGCCACUGCAUGUUGCCGCAACAGGCCUCAACAGAUUUCAUACGCAAUCCUCAUAUUCCGCCUAUGGAUGAAGAUUUUCUCUAUCACCUUGGAUUAGGCACAAAGUCGCAUAAUUUGCCAGCAAUGUUUGGUGACGUGAAGUUUGUUGUGGUCGGUGGUACGCCAAAACGCAUGGAAAAUUUGGCGAAAUUCCUCAUGACAGAAAUUAAACACAAGCUACCUGUUGGCACGCAAUUGACCGAUCUUAGUGCCUCCGCAGAACGCUACUCAAUGUACAAAGCGGGACCGAUCCUUUGUGUCAACCACGGCAUGGGCAAUCCCUCGAUCAGCAUUUUACUGCAUGAAUUGAUUAAACUGAUGUAUCACGCCAAGUGUAAGGAUCCAGUGUUUAUACGCAUGGGCACUUGUGGUGGUUUGGGCAUUCCAGGUGGCACGGUCGUCAUUUCGGAGGGAGUGCUUAACGAUAAGUUAAAUGCCGAACACGAAUUUAAAGUUUUGGGCAAGGUCAUGACAAGACCCACCACUUUGGACGGCAAUUUGGCGCGAGAACUUAAAUCAUUGGCCACUUCGACUGAUGGCUUCCAGACAGUCAUCGGUAAAACCUAUUGCGCUGACGACUUCUACGAAGGACAAGGACGCUUGGAUGGCGCAUUUUGUGGUUACAAAGAAGCUGACAAAAUGAAUUGGUUGAAUUUGCUGAAACAAAAGGGUGUCUUGAACAUUGAAAUGGAGAGUUCAAUGUUUUCGGCAUUAACAAAUUACGCCGGCAUUAAGGCAUCCAUAAUUUGUGUGGCAAUACUAAAUCGACUUAAUGGUGACCAGAUUACGGAAACUAAGGAAACACUUACGGAAUGGCAAGAGCGUCCAGCUAAGCUUAUUGCUCGUUUCAUACGUAAACGUUUGGACAUUCGAGAGACUGGAGGUCAAUCAGCAUCAAGCACAGCGCAAGUGCACUCGUCGCAAUUACGAAACGCACAACUAAACCACUAAAUUUUCGCCACUAAGCACAUCAUCGCUACAGACGCAAUCAUCAACGCUGAUAACCCAAAGCCAGUAAAAAAGCGGUCAGAUCAAGCGUAACUCUACUACCCAACCCCACCAAUAGCCGUGUUUGGUCUCUUUGAUCGAAAGUAAAUUUGGUAAAUAAGCGAAG